AUGUAUAGUAGUGUGUGGGGGAGAGAGAAGAGAAGAGAAGAGAAGUCUUGUUUUCUUUAGUAAAAUCCUGAGCAGAUGAGAAAGAAUAAUUUCCUGGAAACAUUCCAUUCGACGUUUCCUUGUUGACCGGACUAUAAUCUCCAAAGUGUGCUACACAAGCCCAGCUUUCUAGUUCUACAACGGCAGGACCAAUUGGUUUGCUGCUGACACAUGCACCCAAGCCAAUAAGAAGAAGCAGCAGCUUAAGACGAUCGAGCACUUUGAAAGAAUGGAGGGAGGAGAAAGAGAAGUUCCUAAUUACGAGCUACAGGUCUCUUUCUCCACACCACAAGCAAUCCAUGAGAUGGGUUUCGUACAAUUUGAAGAUAACCAGGUUUUGAGCUUUUUGGCUCCUUCACACUCACACCAACCUUCUCAUAUUUCUCAGCCUCUCACUACCUCAACCACCAAUACCAACACGGGAUUUACUAGUCAUAACGACCAGGUAGGAACGUUGGAUCCAAAGGCUAAUAUUGAAGACAACUGCACUGGUAGUGCUAACGAUGGCAACAAUUCUUGGUGGAGGAGCUCAUCAUCUUCAGAAAAGAGCAAGGUUAAAAUUAGGAGAAAACUUAGAGAACCCAGAUUCUGUUUUCAAACUAGAAGUGAUGUGGAUGUGCUUGAUGAUGGUUACAAGUGGAGAAAAUAUGGCCAGAAAGUAGUCAAGAAUAGCCUUCAUCCAAGGAGUUAUUAUCGAUGUACUCAUAAUAAUUGUCGAGUAAAGAAAAGAGUUGAAAGACUAUCCGAAGAUUGUAGAAUGGUGAUAACAACGUAUGAAGGUAGACACAACCACUCUCCAUGUGAUGACUCAAAUUCAUCUGAGCAUGAAUGCUUUACCUCUUUUUAGCUAAUGCUUUUAAUUAUUUAACAAUUAAUUAAUGUUGUAAUUAAUAAAUAUAAUGUUUCAGCUUCGCACAAUACUUG